CCACCCACCACCACGAGUGAGGUUGCUGUGGUGUAUCCAGGCCUCGACGAGCGAGUGAGUUGAGUCGGUCCCGGCUGCAACAACACAACGACAACAACAAGGUCCUGAAUCGAGAAGCUUUGUCGAAGAACGGAGGCAAAUGUCGACACGCGGCACCAAGAAGAAAGUCCCACGGCAGUCGCGCUCGGCGCGGGCGGGCCUGCUCUUCCCGGUGGGACGGAUGCUGCGGUACCUGCGGACCGGCAUCUACCGCAAGCGCAUCGCCAUGGGUGCCCCCAUCUACUUGGCGGCCGUCACGGAGUACCUGGCCGCCGAAGUUCUGGAACUGGCAGGGAACAUUGCGCGCGACAGCAUGAAGGCGCGCAUCACCCCACGCCACAUCCACUUGUCCAUGGCCUUGGACGAGGAGCUACAGAAGAUGCUGCGUGGUGUGACCAUUGCGAGCAGCGGGGUGCUGCCCAGAGUCCACCCAGAGCUGCUCACCCACAGACCCUUCAAGAAAGCGAAACCGGUGCUCGUGGAUUCCACGGAUACACCACCUCCAGCGGCCAAGCCUGCUCGCAAGCCCAGCGCAACCGCGAAAAAGGGUAAAGGCAGGAAAGCCGCAAGUCCUUCAGUAGGCGCAUCAGGAGCUGUCACCGUUCUCUCCUCCAAAACCCUCUUCCUCGGGCAAAAGCUGCAGGUUGUCAAGGCCGACAUUGCCACCUUAAAAUGCGACGCCGUCAUCCAUCCCACGGGCAACAACUUCUACAUGGGUGGACAAGUCGGCAAUGCUCUGGCAAAGAAAGGAGGAAAGGAGCUGGCGGAUGCUGUGCAAAAUCUUCGCAAUAGCAACGGGCCACUGGACAUUGCUGGAGCUGCCAUGAGCCUCGCACCGGGCCUGGAGGCCGAGAACGUGAUCCACUGCAACAGCCCAUCGUGGGGCACGGACCGGAGCGCGGAGCUCCUGGAGAAGACGGUCAAGAACUGUCUGGCACUGGCUGACGAAAAGAAGCUCGUCACGGUGGCACUGCCCUCCAUUGGUAGUGGCGGAAAUGGCUUUCCGAAACAGACGGCCGCUCAACUUAUACUCAAGGCUAUCUCCAACUACUUCAUCUCCACCAUGGACUCCUCGCUCAAGAACAUCUACUUCGUGCUGUACGACAGUGAGAGCAUCGGCAUUUACGUGCACGAGUUGGCGAAGCUGGACAGCAGUCAGCUGCAGCAGUGAGGUGCACAUGCACGGGAGUCUGCCUACGUUCGAGGGUGGCGUUUUAUUAUUUUAUCCUCGCGUUGCAUUUAAGUGCGUGUGUGUUAUAGUGGGUAUACUCAAACGGUGGGGAGCGGUAGUGUAGCGGUUAGCGCGCUGCGCUAUGAACCUAGCGAUCCGGGUUCGAUUCCCGCUCACGGCCAACACCAGUGACGAUUAUCUGAACCGGUCCUGGGCCUCCCCUAGGUCGACUCAGCCUGAAAUGAGUACCUGGUGUGGUGUGUAAACAUCGCCACUGGGGAGAUAAAGGCGGUCGGGCGUGGUGCUGGCCACCCACCCCCUUGUGUACCGUUCCGGCCUUCAUAGGUGCUCGCUAACAGCACUUGCCCCUACAGUCUGUUAAGGCUAUACAGGGGAUCUUUAUACUCAAACGUGGUAUGCCGACUUUGAAAUCUUAGGUUGCACAUUGACUACCACCAAGCACUUUGUUACACACAAUAACGCACCUUCCAAGGUCCGUGAACUACAAGCCAUGUCUAAGCUAUCGAAGAGUGGUACCACCUGGCAAUUCAAAAGAGGGGGCCCUUCCUCGAGUUAAAAUAUAUUUUGUAUCCAUUCUUAGACGUGUGGAUAAAUUACACUAUAUGCCUUAAAUAAUGCAUACACACCAUUAAAAUUACACUAUUGGUAUCACUACUGCAUUUUUUUUGCAGUCUACGCUGGGUGGUGCAGUGGUAACACUUGCGCCUCUCAGUCAGAAGGGCCUAGGUUCAAUUCCCGACUUGAGCACAUUUGUGUGUGGAGUUUGUAUGUCCUCCUGUUUUGCAUGGGGUUUCCUCUGGGUUUUCUGGUUUCCUCCCAAAGCUAAAAACAUACAAUAAUGUAACUGGUGUUGACAAAACAUCCCAAUGCUGAAUAAUUACCUGUAAUUUACUUUCGAUUUAAAGCUUUCGUGACUGCAGGGAUUCAUCUUCUUGGUUCUUUCGGUAAAGUCCAUUCUACGUGACUUUACCGAAAGAACCAAGAAGAUGUAAUUUACUUGAUUGGGAAAGUGCAUCUAUCGUCCACCCUAGACUGUCAACACUUAGCAAGAUCCUGCUGCCUUGAGACUCGGUGAUGCUUUCCUGGGUAAAUUAUUGUAGUAAUAAUAAUAAUUAAUGGAAAUAUGCUGAACUGUAGAACAUCAAUGUUUUGUAUUUAUCCACGUGAUAAGCAUGAUGUACUGCUGCAUGAGUGCUUUUGUGUAAAUGCGGGAUCACACAAACUAAUUUGGUGAGCCCCAUAAACCAACAGUAGGAUGCUUACUGGGCAUUGUUGUGUUAAAAUUACUUAUUUUUACAGUGUGAUUCUGAGGUUAAACGUGAUUAUUUUCCUGUAAAAUUAUUUAAAAUUUGUGAAAACG